AUGGACACUAACUGGCCCCAAGGCUUGAGCAAAAUCUUCUCCAUCUGUCGUCAACAAAACCAGCCCUUUGGAAACCGAUACUACGGCCCGUACGACAAACUACUCAACUAUUGCUUCGGAACGAACUCCUUCCGGUUCUUCGUCGCGCCGCAGCAUCUUCCUAGCGAGUUGAAUGCCCGCGACGCCGUUGACUGUAUCGUGUUUAUCGUGGUAUUCAACGAGCAGUGCCAACCGAUGUUAAUCGCUGAAAUUAAGGAUGAUGGCUGGGCUGGUAGGCCCGAUUUCCGCCUGGCAGCCGACGAGCAGAUCCGUCGCCGGUACGAUUCCAUGAUGCCAGAGUGUCCCCUGCCCCGCUUGUGGGGUUUGAGCCUGCUCGGAACAUCACUUCGAGUUUAUUGUGGGGACGUCGCCACGGGCACUCUUCAGCCGGAAUAUCAAGCCCGCCCUGAUCCGAACCGCAUCUUACCGCGCAACUUCUUGGAAGGGAGUGGGAUCUGGACAUUUUGUCUCAGGAAGGCUUUAAUAAGAUGA